UGAGCAUAACCCCUUUAGUCUUAAAUGAAUGUGACAUUUCAGGGGGUUGUAAUGAACAGGUGGACAGCUCAAAAUAUCUGAAUAGUAGUGAAAUGCUUCAGUUUUGCCUCUGUUGCUAUCCUGUAGUUGCUUUGGGUCUGCUCCUCUUCCCCCCCAAAAAAAAACUCUUGCUCUGCAUCUCUCUCCUUCACUCCUUGUACUAGUCUACUUGUUCCAUCUCCACAGGACCUUCCCCAGUGCUGUUCCCUACUCCUGCCCCAUAUUUCUAGUCAUCCUGCUCCUCCCUCCCUGCCCCCUACGCUGCUUUUUUUUUUACCAUUUACCUACUAAGCUAUUGGUUGAGGGCUCAUUGGUGUUUAUACUGCAAUAGUGUUGUAAUUUUUUUUAGCUCGAGUGGUUAAUAUUUUAUCCAGCUCUUUUUGUAUAAAUGUCAGUGUUAAUAAUUUUCUCAAGUUGCUUAUUAAAAUUUUAGCCUAUAAGCUGAUUACAUACUGUUAUGACAGAGAGUGGUGUAAGUUAAUUUUGCCUGGAAGUGUUUUCCGUAUAAAUAUAACCUUUCGGGAGCCAUGUUUUGGAGCUGGACCAUGUGGAGAAUACAGUUGCUUGAGCAAAGUAUAUGCCAGGCGCGGGCUGCUGUCAUGGUGUAUGAUGAUGGCAACAAGAAGUGGGUACCAGCUGGAGGAGCAACUGGAUUCAGUAGAGUACAUAUUUACCACCACACAGGCAACAACACAUUCCGAGUGGUGGGGAGGAAAAUUCAGGACCAUCAGGUUGUGAUAAACUGUGCCAUUCCCAAAGGGCUGAAGUACAAUCAGGCUACACAGACCUUUCAUCAGUGGCGAGAUGCCAGGCAGGUGUAUGGUCUGAACUUUGGCAGCAAAGAAGAUGCCAAUGUAUUUGCAAGUGCCAUGAUGCAUGCCUUGGAAGUGCUAAAUUCCCAGGAUGCAGGUCCGACAUUGUCACGUCAGAACUCUCAGCUGUUUCCGCAAGUGCAGAAUGGUCCAUGUCAGGAGGAUUUGGAGAUACAGAGACGGCAACUGCAGGAACAACAACGGCAGAAGGAGCUGGAGAGAGAGCGACUGGAGCGUGAGCGGAUGGAACGUGAACGACUGGAGAGAGAGCGGCUAGAACAAGAACAGAUGGAACGUGAGAAGCAGGAUCGAGAAAAACAGGAACGUUUGGAGCGAGAAAGACAGGAACGAGAAAGGCAGGAACAAGAGGAUUUAGAGUUGGAACGACAAAGGGAACGACAAGAGCAGCUUGAGAGGGAGCAGCUCGAGUGGGAGAUGGAGCGUCGGAUGUCGUCUGCAGCUUCAUCUUUCGAGUACAACACUCCACCUCCUGAAUAUAGUAGUUGUCAACCCCCAUCAAUCCCUCCCCCACCUUACACAAAGGCUGUGUCCACAGCCCCCAUCUCAUCCUGCACUCCCCCCUCCUCAGAUUCUCUCUCAGAGUAUGCAUCCCUUGCCUCCUCAAACUCUACCCCACCCACCCCACCUUUGCGUCAUUCGGCAUCUCGCUUUGCGACUUCUCUUGGCUCUGCCUUCCAUCCCGUCUUGCCUCAUUAUGCAACUGUCCCACGUCCUAUUCACAGAACACCUGGUCCACCAUCUCCCGUCAGUGCUCCUCCAUCUCUUCCCUCAGUCCCCAAGCCAGUGGUCUGGCCUGCCACUAAUUUUUCUCCUCUUCCCCCGUCUCCACCUGUAGUAAUCAGUAGUCCACCUGCCAAGGCUACAGGUCCUCGUCCAGUCCUUCCUGUUCCAACUCCCAUCCAAAUCCAGAAGCCACCAUCACCUUCUGUCAUUAAUGGCUCACCUGAUGUUCCACUCCAGCAGGGGCCAAGUGCUGCUGCAGCUGCACCUCCACCACCUCCUCCUCCCCGUCCCCCAUCUCAUCUGCCUCUCUCACAAGCAUCUCACAACAUUCCUGUGUCAUCAAACAUCAGUGUUGCGGUGUCUCAACCUCCUGUACCUCCUUCUCCUUGUGCAAUCACCCCUACUUCCCCCAAGCUGCCUGCCUCUGCUGAGAACUCUUUCUCUGGGCUGGGAGACUCCUCGGCUCCUGAGCCAAACACCCAGGCACCCCCUCAGCUGGCUGAACCUCCAGUUCUACAUGGUAUUGGUCCAACAAAUGAAGGUUUCCAGGGGCCACCAGCCCCUCCACCCGCACCACCUCUUCCUCCAGGACCACUGCAGCCAGCAGCACCACCAGUCUCUGGGCCACCGAUGCCACCAGGUCCACCGCCUGCACCUCCACUACCAGGAGCAGUCCCCCCUCCUCCACCCCCUCUUCCUGGACAGGCUGCAUCUCCUGUUCCACCUCCCCCUCCAGCCCCACCUCUCCCCUCCACCGGCCUUGCAUCAGCUCCAGCUGAAGAUGAUCGCCCACUGACUGGACUUGCAGCUGCACUGGCUGGAGCCAAGCUCAGAAAAGUGGCACGGACUGAUGAGGCCUUGAGUUCUACAGGCGGCAUUGGUUCAGUCUUGACUCCUUCUAAAUCUGAGACUUCGCGGGGUAACGGAGCCCCAAUUUCUAUUGGAGGAACUGGUCUAAUGGAAGAAAUGAGUGCCCUGCUGGCCAGGAGGAGAAGGAUUGCUGAGAAGGGUUCAGUUCCUGAGCCAGACCCUAAGGAAGAAAAGAAUGAGGAAUCAGAAUCUGCAAGUGUGAAAGGCCUCUCAGCAUCAAGUAUGUCUGAGACGACCAGAAAGCCUUGGGAAAGAACAAGUACUGUAAAUGGCAACAAAUCACCAGUAAUUUCCAGACGAGAUUCUCCGUGGAAAAAUCAGCUGAUCUCUGACAAGUUCAAUGACACACUAAACAGAAGCAAAUCCACACCAAGUGGACAGCCAAACACCAAUGGUGUACAAGCAGAGAUCUUCGAUUAUGACAGAUUGAAACAGGAUAUCUUGGAAGAAAUGAGGAAGGAGCUUCAGAAGCUAAAGGAGGAACUUAUUGAUGCAAUCAGACAGGAGCUGAGCAAAUCCAACACUGCAUAGACGACAUGCUGAAUGAAACUGGCCCUUCUACGCCUAAUGUGAUGACUGAUGACAGUGAGAGGGUGAUGAGAAAAUGACAAAGACCCAGUGAGGAGUGGGAGAGCAGGUGGGAGGGAGGGAGGAUGGAAGCCCACCUUGUGCUGCAGUCCGAGAUUUUGCAGGCAGCCUCAUACCGUUGUGCUUUUCUUUUUAUUCCCCUCACUGCUUGCCGCUUUUUCUAUCUUCUUGGAGGAAGAGAGUUACUGUAAUAUUAUGCAAAGAUUCUGAUGUUUGUUGAAACUGAAUCACAGUGUCUGGAAAGUAUCAUCACUUGAAAGAAGAAUUUGCACAACAGUUGUUUUUUUUUGUUUUUUUUCCUCUAGGAGGUGGGUUGUAGUUUGAGCACAGAUCUUGGAGACAGGUAACUAUAUAGUUUCUACAUGUAGGAAGAUGCAAUGUGGGAAUGUGCUCUAUUGUAAGGGUGCCCAGGGAUUAUCUGUUAUUUUUCUACUAUUCAAACCAAUGGCAGAUCACAGGGUUUAAGGAUACAGAGAUGCCUUCCUUAGUUUAUUAUUGUGAUAAUGCUUUACCAAAUCGAAGACUUGUCUGUCAAUCCAACUAAUGAUGUAAGUUCUCAGUGCAGUGUCUGUAAUUGUUCCUUCCCUGAGUUCUUGUGCAUGUCGAGAUUUAAUUCUUUGGUAUAUCAAAAUUGGCUGUGACCUGAUGUUUCAUCCCACUUUGCCAAGCAAUAUUCAGUCAUGUUAAGUAGCCAUCUGGUUGCCUUUGCAAGUAUCUGAGGGUAAGGAUAGGACGGGGUGAGCCCAUGUGCUGCCAUCUGUAUAAUCUAAUAAUAAAUCCACUUGCAUCUAGUUUUACCACAUCUUCUAAUCCUGGAAAAGAUACCCUUUGAGAAUGUCUGUGGUGCAAUUGUGUUCAUUUCCGUAUGUUCCAACAAGCAGAUGUAUUCUAAAGCAAAGUGUGGAAGGAAGAAAAUACUUGAGGGGAAGAUCUUUCUCAACCCUAGUCCCAUGGUUUUCUUGAGACUGAUCACAACAAGUUAAGGUGUUGCCAUUUUCACCUUGCUCCCAUGACAAAGUACCUACUUUCCUUUGUCCAGUUCAUCAACUAAUUUGAAGAAUUGUUGCUUCUUUGACCAUAUGAAGUGGUAAGUGUCUGUUGUGUCAGAUAGCAUUUGAGUUGGUGAGUGGUCGUUGACCUGCCCUUUCUCAAAAGCUGACAACUCCCAAACUGGUUGCUGAAGUGGAAAGUGGGUUAAAGGUAUUGUAAUAUCUCUCAGCAACUCUGUGCCCCACUAAAACUACUCGCUACUGAACAACCACCCUGUCCAUACAGUACCUGUAGAUGUACCAGGGUUACCAAGGGACUUUUGAUCCACACACAUUGUUAGACCAGUGGAAGUUGUGCCUCUUUUGCAGGAGAGGAAUAGUUCAGCUCUCAGGGCUCUGCCACCCAUUGAGGAAGGAGGUGUUUUUGGUCUUUAUCCCAAUGCAAGCUUCCUGCUUCCUCAGUUGGAGUGACAGUGUUAUUUUUUCCUGCAGUUCUUUGAAAUGCGUGCCUUUCCACCAACCCCCAACUCUGUAACUCCUGAUUGUCCUGCUAAUCGGACAGGGCCAAAUCCAGAGCAGUGGUAGCUGGGACUGAUGCAGGCAUCUGGGAUUUCAGAUGCUGUAGAGUUUGCACCUUCUGAAACACCUACCUUGCCCAUCAACACCUUGGCUUGGUUGCAGAUUCAGACACCUUUAUUAAUCUCAUCUCACCUUGGUGCUGUGUGCCUGCUUCCAGAAUUGAAUUCUAUUUGCCAAACAAUGGGAUUGAUGUCUCCAAAACUGAAUUGCUUCAAGAAUAUUUGUAGACAUCCAGGUAAAGCUUGUUCCAUUUCCAGUGUGGGUAUCACAAACAGGAUAAUUUGUGUUUAAAUUCUCCCAACUAGUGUUGCAGAUUAAAAUCGAAUAUCAUGUACAAAUGUUUUCAAGGUUGUCACUGUUCUUUAUAAUUUACAUUUGAAAAUACUAUCAAAAUUUCAAAAGCAAAAUUGCUUAAACUGCUGCGGGAAUAGUUUAUUGAGUCUUUGAUUUCUAUGUUGAGGGCCUUGACGUCUCUGAUCAUCACCAAGUAGGUAAUAGUCACCAGCCCUGGUCAGCGGUUGUGCUGGGAUAACAGUUGUAUCUCUGUGAUCUAGAUAAUGUGAAACCCAAUGAAUUUAGUUAAAAGUUCUACAAAUUGUUAUUGUUAGAUAGAUAAUGCAGUGGAUGUUGUAGGGAAGCUGAGAGAUUUUCUUUUGGUAGAAUGAAAAUAGCCGCUUUUUUUUAAUACAAAGUGGUUAUGAAAGUUUUUUUCACUGUGAUCUAUAGAGGGAUAAAAAUCCUGUUAUAUUGCACAUAUAUACUGUCAGUGCAAAAAAAAACUAUUUUUAACAGGGCAGUUUAUUUCCUUUAAAACAUUCAUUAUUUCUUCAUUCUCAGAUACUAAAGUAGAUUACAUGGAGAUCCUGACAAAUAUUAGGUGAUUGAGGUUGUUAUCUUGUAUACUUUACCUUGCCUUUUGCUCUUUGCCCUAAAUCACAAAGGGGCUUGACCUCCCAGAGCCAGGACCAGUUACACACUGUGCACAAUUGUAUGCCCUACCACUGUGAGAAAUGGCACAUCAAGGUUCAGCUGCUGUUCAAUGCCUAAAUCAUAAACUGAUUCCUUAUUCCACUGGAUUAUUAUCUUGAAGACUCAAGAUUGUUUCCAUGGCUCCAGCUAUCUGAUUUUCCUCUUGUAACAAGAGAGCUGUAAUCUGAAACUCUUCUUUGAGUAUUAUGCCCAAUAGUCCUUUUCAGGGUAGCUCUGCAGGCCAUGGUGCCAGCCAGGGUGGGGCAGGGAACAGGUUGGGUAAUCUGCUGAUUGAAUAUGGGCCCUGGUCGUCGUGCCAUUAUGUUCAGGUAUUUGAAUGACUUGGACCUUUACAUCAGUGGAUUAUUUUGAAGCUGCAAGGGCCAUUUUAUCGCAGACUUAGCACCCAACCUGUUCAUGUAGAAUCAGGCUUUCAACAAUGGUUCCAUGUUAGAUGGGAGCUGGAGUUUUUAAAAACUAAUCAUGUUGCUGAGUAAUUGAAGUAAUGAGCGAAAAGGUUGGUCUGUCUUCCGCAUCAUUUGUCUCCUGUGUUGUGUUGUCAACUGUCUCACAACCGCAGUUACUUUGAAAUACGUUUUGCUCGAUCAGUUCUGUGCACUCCUUGGUGUAGAAUGUUUACUCUUGGGAUGCUAUGUGAAGUUGAGUGUUAACUAGGCUUUAAUAUUUAAUUAACUUUUAAAAGGUACUAAUGUUAAUGGUUUACGUGGAACAUACUUGAAUCUUAUGGUGUACAUUCAUUUGACAAAUGAACUGCUUAAAGCCAGUGUAGCCACAGAGAAAUUGACAGACAACUGACUGUGAGGUUGGCAUUGGUGGAGUAGACCAUUCCAAGAGGAUGCUCCCAUCUCAGUGCCUGCAAAAUUUAUUUUAUCCUGUAUCUUGGGAUUUUGUGCUGCUCAUUUUUUUAAAAAUCUGCUAGCUCACCCUCACGUAAAAAUGUUGACAAUGCAAAUCCCUUCCUUUAAAAAAAAUAACUGGCAGCAAAUAAGGGAAUGAGCAAGUCCUUGCAAUCCAGUGUUUAGAUCUUUUUAAUAAAAAUUUAAGAAAUCUUAAAAAUCACUUUUCUAUGUGGGUUAUUGCUGGAAAAGUGAGAAUGUAGUCUUUGUGCUCAAAGAAUAGAGCGAAGUCCACACCUCAGGAAUUGCCUGAAAAUUGUAUCAUCCACAGGCUAUUUCAUUGGGCUAAUGUUAACUCCAGGCUCUCUGGCUUCCUUAAGACAAGUGUCCUCUGCAUUGCCCAGGGGAACAAGUUCAGUGCUCACUACUGACAUCCCCAAAACACUAAUUGAGUCCUUCAGUCUCCAGAGUAAUUUUGCUGCUGCUUGUUUCUGUGAGCACUGUGUCUGCUGCCCUCUGAGUGCCUGUGGGGAUAAUCAUGUUUCUUUGACGCUUAUUAUUUUGUAUGACACAUCAGCCUUUACUGGAUUGGGUUAUAUUAUGGAUUUGGUGUACUGUACCUGUAUUUGUUUAAAAUAUCUUUCUGGUUAUAUGACCCUUCAGAAGAGUUGCUACCUGCUCAAUAGCCAGAAAGGAGUGAAAAUAAUUAGCAUUUUAAAUGUGCAAGCUCCAAGAGGUUUAUGUAAAAGGUAUAUACAAAAUGAAAAUGCAUUGAAAAUGUUUCAGCUAAUUUGCAGUAAUACAUUUGAAGCCACAGUACAGAACUGACUGAAGUAAAACAUCCAAGGUUAGUAGUAUGUGUUUUCACAGGUGAGAAUAGAGGAUGGAAAUGAAAACCUUUCAUUUUCUCAUCUCACUUCCUGACUAUCUGUAGGCUGGGGAAGUAGAGAUGGUUCUCACAAAAGCUCAAGCUUUUUCAACUGUUUCCCUGAACUUAGCUUUGUUCCGUGACAAUGGAUGGAAAUUCACUUCCCUCAUAACACUAACACCCCGUGCCACGAUCUGAACUGUAUAAACUAACCAGUGCCUGUGGUGGAAAGGAUUUUGCUUCUCUCAAUGUCUUGUAAUCAAAUGAAGUUCUGUAUAAAUGUGCUGGUGCUGGAACCUGCCUUGAGUCACUCCAAAAUCAGAAAACGAUCACUUUGUACAUUAAGGAUUGUGUUUUGGAGUUGCAUUUUGCCUUUAGAUAUUGUGCAGGUGAAUUACAAUUUAAACAAAACUGGUAGAGAUGGGACUAGAUUUGUGCAGAGCUCCCUUCUCCUGAGUGAAAGCUGUGGAACUUUCAGGGUUACAUGGUGAGGAGAAUCAUAGAUCAGCUGUGGACUCAAGACAACAGAAGUGUUAGAGCCACAGAGACCAAGACUUUGCAGUGACAGCUCAGGUGAUUGCUCUUCACUGCAGAGCUCUAGUGUAUGGAAGAUCCCAGUGGAAACCUAGGUAGUAACAGGACAGCAUGGAGUUGCUUGUGUAUAAAUAUGAACUCCAAGUAGAAUUGCUUCAUUUGUGCAGUGAAUCUGAGGCUUGUCUCCAGCCACAAGACAAUGUUAUUUGCUCUCUAUUCCUCAUCUCCAAUGUGAUCGAAUUUGUUUUGUAUUUUUGAUUUUUGACUGCCAAAUUGAUUUGCACAAAAUUCCAUAGGUAACUCUCUUGUCAGAAGAGUUCAAGGUGGUUUCUUGCUCUGGUGAAAUGAACAAAAUGUAUCAACAUAUUUCACAUUUACAUGCUUCUGAAUCUGUUCUUUAGAUUUACAAUUCUGUUUGUAUCAUUGUUACGUUACAUUUUAAAAUUUCUUAUGUGCUAAUUUUUUUGAUCGAAUGGAAUAAAAUUAAACAUUAGAUCUUCUUGAGAAUGUCUUCCUAUGUCUAAUAUCUGCAUUGUACUAUUGAACACAUGAACAGAUUUCCUCUGGAGUUUGUUACACGGAUCCAGUCACCUUCUGGGUUCUUGGGAAAUUCCUGCUAAUUUCCAGUCAGCAAAUUGUGGAAAGUCCUCA